AUGCCACCUCCUAAAGUGGGUCGAGAAGCUGGCGGUGGAAGAAUGUCAAGGACAUCUAGGGGAGUCACUCUAAGAGGAGCCCCAAGUGGAAGCGGACAGGCGAGAAAUGCCUCGCAGGGAGGCCAGACAUCCACCUCUCGAGUGUCUUGUGGGUACUAUAGGAAAUCCAACCACAUUGAGGAUUAUUGCUGGCGAAAGGCUCGAAAGUGCUUACGGUGUGGAAGUAUUGAGCACCAGAUCGCCAAUUGCCCACUGAUUAGUGAUGCCCAACCAGCUGGUAAAUCAAACCCUAAACCAACCAAUGUAGGAAGGACCAGACCAAGGGUGCCAACUAGAGUGUACGUCUUGGAUCAACAGUCGGUACCUGAGCUAUCGGAGGUAGUGGAAGAUACGAUUCCUGUUUUUCAUCGUUUAGCCAAGAUUUUGAUAGACCCUGGUACAACGCAUUCUUUUGUCAACCCCACAUUUUUGUAUGGAAUUGAUGUGAAAGCCGAGAGGCUACCAUAUGACUUAGAAGUGAAAACACCUACGGGUAACCAAUCUUUACUUGCUAAUGGGGUGUAUAGAAAUUGUGACAUUUGGGUUGGUGAGCGGAAAUUGGUAGUCGACCUGAUAGGUCUAGCCAUUAAGGGGUAUGACGUUAUUAUAAGGAUGGUGUGA